AUGGCAACUGAAGGUGAAAGACAAAUUGUUACAAUUGACGGUGGAGCAUUAGGAGAUGUUUUAACUAAUACAAUUAAUGCUGCAAUACGUUUAGUACCUAAGCUCAUUGAUUUCUUGAGUACAAGCAUAGAUAGUGACGUGUCCGGCACUGAUGACACAAAUGGAAGUAUUUGGCUAAACCCCAGAGUAGCCAUUCCAAUUGCGGCUUUUUUUAUUUUCGUAUUUUUUGGUACCGCUUUCAUUAUUAUGGCUAAGGUAAAUAAAAAUUACGUUAAAAAGAGUUCAUACGAUAAAAGUGAGUAUAUGUUUUAUUUUUGUGCAAAGUUAAUAAUUAUGAAACAAAGUUCGUAUUACGCAAAAAGAAAGGUAAGACGCGCGAAAGAAGUUUUGAACGAAUUUCCAAGUAUGAUUAUUCGGGACAAUCACCAGAAGAUGAACGAAUGA